CAGACCCUCAAUUGUUGACCACUUGCAGGAUGAACCACAAACCACUGGAGGCUUAUUAUAACAGCCGACCUGUGGGUUACACUAACAGCCCGCGGGCCAGGAGCCGUGAUAACCUGUUGACCUACGAUGAUUUGAGAGAGGAGAACUGCUGCACUGCUGGACGAAGCUUUGGCUACAGCAGCUCGGAGAUGCAGCUCAUGGCUCGCCUCAGUGCCGUUAAACGACGCCAGGCCCUUCGUGGUCCUUCCUACAUGUUCUCUGCACCUUCAGUCAGCCUGUCUGAGGUUGAGCAGCGUUUCCUGGAGGCAGCCGAGUACGGCAACAUACCAGAGGUGCGACGCAUGUUGCUCGGCAUGCCCAACUUGAAUGUCAAUGCUGUGGACUACAUGGGCCAGAAUGCAUUGCAGCUGGCUGUGGCCAAUGAGCAUCUGGAGGUGACAGAGCUGCUGCUGGGGAGGGCGGAUUUGGCCAGAGUGGGUGACGCCCUUCUGUUAGCCAUCAGUAAAGGUUAUGUUCGUAUCACAGAGACCCUGUUGAGUCACCCUGCAUUCAGAGAUUCCCAUCGUCAAACAGCGAGCCCUGCUCAAGUUGACAUGUUGGAUGACUUCUAUGCUUAUGAUGAGGACGGGACGAGGUUUUCUCAUGAUGUGACUCCAGUGAUACUUGCAGCACACUGCCAGGAAUACGAGAUCGUUCACACCCUGCUGAGUAAAGGCGCUCGCAUCGAUCACCCCCAUGACUACUUCUGCAGCUGCGACUCGUGUAACUACCAGCAGCAGUUUGACUCCUUCAGCCACUCGCGAUCAAGGAUCAAUGCCUACAGAGGCCUCGCCAGUCCUGCUUACCUCUCCUUGUCCAAUGAGGACCCAGUGCUGGCCGCCCUGGAGCUCAGCAAUGAACUGGCCAUGCUGGCCAAUAUAGAGAAAGAAUUUAAGAACGACUACUGCCGCCUGUCGAGCCAGUGUAAGGAUUAUGUGGUGGGCCUCCUGGAUCUGUGCCGCAGCACAGAGGAGGUGGAGGCCAUUCUGAGCGGAGAAGAAGACUCUGAAGACAGCUAUGGUCUCCCAGGUCGGCCCUCCCUUACAAGGCUCAAAUUAGCCAUCAAAUAUGAACUUAAAAAGUUUGUGGCUCAUCCUAACUGCCAGCAGCAGCUGCUUGGUAUCUGGUUUGAGAAUCUCCCCGGCCUGAGACAACAGACCACUGCUAUCAAACUGCUUGUGGUGCUGGCAGUGGCUAUUGGACUUCCUGGACUGGCGGUGGCUUACUGGAUCGCUCCGUGCAGCAGAGUGGGGAAAGUAAUGCGCAGCCCCUUCAUGAGGUUCGUGGCCCAUGCCUCGUCCUUCACAAUCUUCCUGGGUCUUCUCAUCAUGAAUGCCGCCGACCGGUUCGCAGGAACCACCCAUUUACCAAACAUGACUCACCAUCAGCACCCAGGAGGAGCACAUCUCAAGUCGGACCCACUGCUGCUCUACCGCAUGACCACAACGCCCUUCACAUGCAUGGAGAUCCUCAUCAUUUCAUGGGUCAUCGGUAUGAUCUGGGCUGAGGUGAAGGAGAUCUGGAGUCAGGGACCGGGGGAGUAUCUGGUCGAGCCGUGGAACUUCCUGGACUUUGCGAUGCUGGCGAUCUUCCUCGCCUCGUUUUUCUGCCGCUUCUCUGCUCUGAGACAAGCUGACUUAGCCCAGACCUAUGUACACACACACUACACAACGCUGAUUAAUGUCACACUGCCCCCCGAGAUACACUACUUCACACUGGCACGUAUCUACUGGCUGCCGUCAGAUCCACAGCUGGUGUCGGAGGGCCUGUAUGCAGUUGCAGUGGUGCUGAGCUUCUCUCGGAUUGCUUACAUCCUCCCAGCCAACGAGAGCUUCGGUCCACUGCAGAUCUCUUUAGGGAGGACCGUCAAGGACAUCUUCAAGUUCAUGGUCAUCUUCCUCCUGGUCUUCCUGGCGUUCAUGAUCGGCAUGUUCAACCUGUACUCCUACUACCUGGGGGCAAAAGAGAACGACGCCUUCACCACCCUGGAGGAGAGCUUCAAGACAUUAUUCUGGGCUAUAUUUGGGCUGUCUGAGGUCAAGUCCGUCGUGAUCAACAACGGACACAAAUUCAUCGAGAACAUCGGCUACGUGCUGUACGGGGUCUACAACGUGACCAUGGUGAUAGUGCUGCUCAACAUGCUCAUCGCCAUGAUUAACAGUUCCUUCCAGGAGAUUGAGGAUGAUGCCGAUGUCGAAUGGAAGUUCGCUCGGGCCAAACUCUGGUUCUCGUACUUUGAGGAGGGGAGGACGCUCCCUGUGCCCUUUAACCUGGUGCCCAGUCCCAAGUCCAUGCUGGGAAUGGGCAAAGGUAUCAAGACCCUGCUGCUGUACUAUGUGGCAGGACACAGAGAGGAGGAACCUGAGUCACAGCUUAAUCAGCUCGGAUCUUCAGGAUAUGGUGCUUCAACCAGCUCGACCAGGUAUCAGAAGAUCAUGAAGCGACUGAUAAAACGUUACAUCAUCAAAGCCCAAGCUGACAGAGAGAGCGACGAGAUCACUGAAGGUGAGCUGAAAGAGAUCAAGCAGGACAUCUCCAGCCUGCGAUAUGAGCUGCUCGAGGAGAAAUCCCAGAGCAAGGACACGCUGGACGGACUGCUGAAGAGAAUGGGAGAGAUCAGUUCAUCUUCAUAGGAGGCAGCACACAAGCGAAAAGGGCCUGUUCUGCAUCCCUCGAUGUAGAUAAAUAAUAAUAGCUUUAAAGCUUUGAUAUAAGAAUGUAUGUAUGUGAAUAUAAAUUUAAAAAAAUGUAACUUAUCACUUUAUGUGGAUAAAUUAUAAGUGGGAGCACACUGUUUAAAGA